AAGCGAUCGUGUGCGUGUGAUUUUUCAAAACAUUGAGCAAUUUCGGUAAUAUUUCAAAAAUUAAACAAUGGGUCGUCGCAAGGCUAAGAAGAAGCCACCACCAAAGAGGAAGAAUAUCGAGAAGCUAGAUGUUAACUUCAACUGUCCCUUCUGUAACCAUGAACGCUCAUGUGAAGUCAAACUAGAUCGCCAGCGGAACACUGGAACAAUAUCGUGUGGUGUGUGCAUGGAAGACUACCAGACAACCAUUAACUAUUUAUCAGAAGCUAUAGAUGUGUACAGUGACUGGAUAGAUGCGUGCGAGCAAGCCAACCAAUAGCCGAGGGGAUGCCAGGACACUGAGGUCCUGCUCCGCUUGUGUUCAUUCAUGGAUCUUGAUAGAUUGUGAAAGAAGCUUAUGGUUCUAGAAUGUAUAAAGAGGCAUGGAUAGAUUAAAAAAAAAGAAAGAAUUGACAUUGUCAUGAUGUAAGAUAAAAUCUUAUUAUUUCAUUUUUUGUUGCUAUAGUAAUAAGUAUGGCACUCGUCAUCCCUGAUUUUUUUACAGUUUAUAUAACAAAUAAUUACUGACCUGUAAGAGUAUUUCAAAAGAGAUACCGGUAAUAACCCAAAAUAACAUGAUUUGCACUCGUUUUAAUAGCAUUUUUUAAAAAGAAGAUAAAAAUGUAAUUUAAAAAGUUUUAUACAAAUUGCUAGUGUCCCUUUAAAGCUGCACUUUCACAGAUUGACUGUUUUGACAACUGAUUUAUUUUUUGGCGUGGAUGAGCAAAGUUUUGCACAUAUGUCUAGAAACCUAUGCUACAAGACUUGUGACAAAAAGAUCAGAUCGCAGAUUUUCAUAUUUACGUUAAGUGUUACAAAUGCUUAAAAAAAAUAAAAAAAAACGGCAGUUUUCUCUUUUAAUUGACAUCCGUUCUUUUGUGAUUUAUCUUAUAUAACCUAAUUGAUGCCAAAAUGAGCUGAUUCUGGAAAAAUAAAUUCAAAGAGGUCAAUAUUUGAGAGUGCAGCUUUAAUUCAGAAUGUAUUUGCGUCUGACAGUUUAAACAAGAAAGUUGAUACUUGAAUAUGUUUGAGUGAGAGGUUUAUAGAAGUGACACUUCAUCGCUUUGAUAAAUUUGUUUGCAUAUAACAUGUGGGUUUUUUUAACCAUAUUUGAUUUAAAAUAAAGCUUCACUGUGGGUCAUGCAUUUUUUUGCCAUUUUAUUCAUGUUGAAAGAUUCGUCUUCAUUCACAGUUUCUUCCAUGUAAACGAGAAGUGGAAUUAUUUUUAAACAAUAUCAGCAUUUAAAAUGCUUAACUCAUGCAUUUUUCAUCACUUUUUCUCUCUGUAAAAUUUGUACAUGUCUUUCAAUUUGUCUUCAUAUUCCCUUUUUCCAUGUUAACGAUAAGUAAACUUAAUUUUUAUCAACAAGUGCAUUUUAAAUGGUAAAAAAUGAAACUUGAUGAAUCCAAAUCAUGCAUUUUUCAUCGCCAUUUAUUUUUUAUAAAAUUUGUACAUUGUAGACUGAUUUGUCUUCGCUUGCAAUUUUAACCAUGUAAACAAGAUGUGAAGCAUGUUUUGAUGUUGUUAAUCUUUGCAGAAUAUUUUGUAACAUUGCGUCACACUGUCAUUAAGCUGUAAAGUGCAGAACAUUUAAUUAAUCAAGAAUUGUUUCUUUUUGUGGAGAUUAUAACGAGGGGUUAUUUCAAUUAUCUGAUGGCUGAUAUAUGUAAACCAUUUGCAUUUGUAAAGCAUUUGCAUUUGUAAUUUUGAUUUUUUUUUAUAAAAAAAAUAACACAACAGAGUUUGUGCAUACUUAUAAAGACAUUGCAUUGUAAAUAAAACUUCAUUUAAUGGUG